ACUGGGACUCAGGACUGGUCGGAGCCCGCUGUCCACAGUCCCGACUUGAGCUCUGCACCGCUGCUAAGCAAGAGGAGCAUCAAGUGAGCACCGCGGUCUGAGUGCGCACCGGGGCAGGGCAUGCAACCUGAGGCUCCUUACCAAGGAACACAUUUGCCAGCUGGAUAUGGCCCUCAGUAUCCACCAGCAGCAUACCAAGGACCCCCAGGACAGAAUGGCUAUCCCACACCUCAGGGUGGCUACCAAGGGCCCCAGGGUCCCUACCCAGGGCCCCAGGGUCCCUACCCAGGGUUCCAAGCUCCCUACCCAGGGCCCCAAGCUCCCUACCCAGGACCACAAGCUGGCUACCCAGUCCCGCCAGGAGGUUAUGCAGGUGCUGGCCCAAGUGGCUUUCCUGUCCAAAAUCAGCCCGAAUAUAACCAUCCAGGUGGGCCUGGAGGGACCCCAUGGAUGCCGGCACCACCUCCUCCAUUGAACUGCCCACCUGGGCUGGAAUACUUAACUCAGAUUGAUCAGAUUCUGGUUCAUCAGCAAGUUGAACUUCUGGAAGCCUUAAUUGGCUUUGAGACGAAUAACAAAUACGAAAUCAAGAACAGCCUCGGGCAGAGAGUUUACUUUGCUGUGGAAGAUACUGACUGUUGCACUCGAAACUGCUGCGGAGCAGCCAGACCUUUCACCAUGAGGAUCCUGGAUAACCUGGGCCGAGAAGUCAUGACUCUGGAGAGACCCCUGAGAUGCAAUAGCUGUUGCUUCCCCUGCUGCCUGCAGGAGAUAGAGAUCCAAGCUCCUCCUGGUGUGCCAGUUGGUUAUGUGACUCAGACCUGGCACCCGUGUCUGCCAAAGUUCACUCUCCAAAAUGAGAAAAGGCAGGAUAUUCUAAAAGUUGUUGGUCCAUGUAUUGUGUGUAGCUGCUGCUUCGACAUUGACUUUGAGCUCAAAUCCCUAGAUGAAGAAUCUGUAGUUGGCAAAAUUUCCAAGCAGUGGUCUGGUUUGGUGAAAGAGGCCUUCACAGAUGCAGAUAACUUUGGGAUCCAGUUCCCUCUUGAUCUUGAUGUGAAGAUGAAAGCUGUAAUGCUUGGAGCCUGUUUCCUCAUAGAUUUCAUGUUUUUUGAAAAAACCGGAAAUGAGGAACAAAGAUCAGGAGUAUGGUAGUAGUUUCCUGAGAUUCCUCAUGAGAUUUAACAACUACAUACUAAUGGACACUAAAGGAACUAAAAGGAACACAUAAUGACUUCUUUCUUUUCUUUUCUUUUCUUUUCUUUCUUUCUUUCUUUCUUUCUUUCUUUCUUUCUUUCCACUGAAAUAACUUUAUUUCAAGUAACCUGUGACGCUAUAGGUCCUGUUGUACAAUUGUACUUUCCAAUUAUGUUUGUUUUCUAUAAUUCUGUCAUGUAUUUGUUUAAAGUAAUUACUGUGAAUUUGUGAAAAAUGUAUUAAUUUUUUACACAUAGAAAUGAGCUUGUCUAAGAAAAGAUGCUUUGACUUACAAUCUUUUAUUCGUUUUUCAUUUUUUUAUAAAAACUUAAAUGUUAUUGUAAUUUAAUAGGAAAUUACAUAUUAAAUGUAAUUACAAU